AUGCACCAGAAAGCAACUAUUCUACUUGUUCUAUGCAGCCUUACGCGUUUUUCUAUAGCAGAAUGCAUAGAUUCAUGGCUACCAGUCCAUACGCCAUACACAUACACAACAGUUGAGUCCAUAUCAUCUGUGACCAAUAGCAGUAUUUGUCCAGUAAUCGAUCCAUCCAAACUGCCAGGAGGAACUCUAGAAGAAUAUCUAUCAUCCACCAGCUGCUUAGGAUACUUUGGACCUCUAGGCCCACAAGGUCCAUUAGGAGUUUUAGGUCCUAUUGGCAACAAUACUUGAAAUCCGUCAGAUUGAAUAUCAGGAUUCGGGGAUUGGUCCUUAUUUGCCAAAUACAUAACAGGCUUUGGAGGACCUCUAGGAAUGGAUGGACCUUUAGGUAGAAAUGGGCCAGUCUCACCAGCCCAAUAUUAUGGGAUAAAGGACCCAGGCCAAACUCUGUUCAAAAAUAAUGACUUUGCCGUCCAACUACGUGCUCUAGGUUUAUGGAGUGCUUUAGGUCCUCUUGGGCCAUUAGGAGCUUUAGGUGCCUUAGGACCUUUAGGUCCUAUUGGAGCUCAUGGCUAUAAGUCUGAUGUUGAUGGAAAUUACGUCAGCCUUGGUAAGAUUGUUAGGACCAUUACUAUGGACUUUGACGUGAAUGUCCUAAUGACUUAUGAGCUAUUUGAAAGCUAUGCUGAAAAUACAGCUAAAUGCAUAAAAUCUCCAGACGCCUCAUUCAUGGUGAAUGGAGGGACUACCCAAUUCAAUGAAGUCGAUCUUUAUCCAAUAUAUUCAAGGGUAGACCAAUUUAUCACCAUUGUUGUUGUCCCAAUCAUGGAUGCUGACUCAUUCAGCUUGGCAGUUUAUGAUGCAAGUGGAAAACUUAUUGCAAGCUCUGAAGCAAGCUUUUACGUCAACACUAUACAGCUUAUGGCUCCAGCUGGGACGACACUUUAUGCAGGAGUUCAGCUGACCAGCUCUUGGCAGCCUUUUGAGAGCACUUACAGACUCUUUGUGACCGGGUCACUUAAUAUGAUCAACGAUUAUAAUAUCAAAGGGGAUCAUAUCCAUGAAUGAUACAAGAGUGAGGUUAGUGCAAGCGCAUUUCCAGCUAAGAUUAGUACACAUAGUGUGUGCCCUACACAAACUCAUACAGAAUAA